ACUAUUUGACCCGAUAAUCGAGAGACCUAACUGGUGUGUUGGUUCUGUGCUUGGUGGUCGUAUUGAGCGUGUUGAGACCAAGCACUAACAGAUAUGGCGAUGAAGCGUGUUAGGGCUUUGUUCCUGGCCCUCCUCCUCCUCGCCUGUCCUCUUCUGCAAGUUGCAAGAUGCCAAUCAGAUUCCGAUUCAGAGUCAGGAGUUGCAGAUGCUGUUGAAGGGGGUGAUCUUGGGAUUGUGGGUGAGGAUGUCCAGGAUUUUGGUGAUGGGAAUUUUGACCCGGCUCCUGGAAUUGAUAUGGUUUGUGUGUUCCCAAGAAACAGUGCCAAAUUGGUCACUGCUGGUGAAGAGACAGAAUUACUCGUGGGAAUGAAAAAUGAUGGGGAAUCAAGUGUGAAUGUAAUCGCGAUUAAGGCCAGUGUUCAUUUACCGUAUGAUCAUCGUCUGCUGGUCCAGAAUCUCACUGCUCAGGCCUUUAGCAAUGCAUCCGUGCCAGCUUCAGUUCAGGCGACUUUUCCAUACAUAUUUGCUGUCAGCAAGUAUUUGCAGCCUGGAACCUUUGACCUUGUAGGAACUAUCUUUUAUGAGAUAGACCAGCAUCCUUACCAGAGCACAUUCUAUAAUGGUACCAUUGAAGUUGCUGAGUCUGGAGGUUUCCUCAGCGUUGAGUCACUAUUUCUGGUUACCCUUGGAAUUGCCCUUCUUGUCCUUCUUGGUUUAUGGAUUCACGGUCAAAUACAGAACAUUUCCAAGAAAACUAAGAGGACUCCAAAGGUGGAGGUUGGAACUGGGACUAGAGAUGCUUCGCUGGAUGAAUGGCUUCAGGGCACUGCUUACACCCAAUCAUUGUCCAGCAAAUCUAAGAAGAAGAAGUAGAUGGAGUUUUCUUACCUGAUUUUGCCACAUGAGAUAAUAUAAUGAAGUGCAGACUCCUGUACACCGCUAGGCAUCUAGAGAAUGUAAGAGAGCCCAUAUGUUGAGUAGUUUUUAAAAUUAGACCACAACAGAAUUUCCUUGCUGUUGUAGCAUGUGGAAAUUGUUUACACACUUAAAUUAGAGAUUCCAAAAGUUGAGCCUUUUUGCAGCAAAACUAACCCUGAAGUUGGGGUAGAAAACAGUUUUCAUGAACCGUAUGAAGAUUUUUUUUGAUCACAUUCUUGUUUUUCUAUUCAUUCUUGGUACUUUUUGAGGUGUGGAUAAGUUGAGUUAUUGUUGUUUUGGUGGUUACAUAUGCUUGAAGUUAUU